GCCUGGGCUUCUCUAGUCCAUGGCGGUGGCCGAACUGUAUACGCAGUACAACAGGGUUUGGAUUCCGGAUGCUGAAGAAGUGUGGAAGUCUGCCGAAAUAGCAAAGGACUACAGCGUCGGUGACAAAGUCCUGCGGCUCCUGCUGGAGGAUGGAACGGAGCUGGAUUAUUUGGUCGAUCCAGAAUCUCUGCCUCCACUCCGGAAUCCCGACAUCCUGGUUGGCGAGAAUGACCUCACAGCCCUCAGCUAUCUCCACGAGCCCGCAGUGCUCCACAACCUCAAAAUCCGCUUUGCAGAAUCCAAACUCAUUUACACCUACAGUGGAAUCAUUUUGGUGGCCAUGAAUCCUUACAAGCAGCUGCCGAUAUAUGGAGACGCCAUCAUCCACGCCUACAGCGGGCAGAACAUGGGCGACAUGGACCCGCACAUAUUUGCGGUGGCGGAAGAGGCAUACAAGCAGAUGGCCAGAAACAACAGAAAUCAGUCCAUAAUUGUAAGCGGGGAGUCGGGUGCUGGAAAGACAGUGUCAGCUCGCUAUGCCAUGAGGUACUUUGCCACCGUUAGCAGGUCGAGCAGCACCGCCCACGUGGAGGACAAGGUCCUGGCGUCUAAUCCCAUAACCGAGGCUGUUGGAAAUGCCAAGACCACCCGCAAUGACAACAGCAGUCGGUUUGGGAAAUACACAGAAAUCAGUUUUGAUGAGAGAAAUCAAAUUAUAGGAGCCAACAUGAGAACUUACCUCCUGGAGAAAUCCAGAGUUGUCUUUCAAUCAGAAAAUGAACGAAAUUACCACAUUUUCUAUCAGCUUUGUGCAUCUGCCGAGCAGUCGGAAUUUAAGCAUCUCAAAUUGGGGAGUGCAGAAGAAUUUAACUAUACAAGAAUGGGAGGCAAUACUGUCAUUGAGGGUGUGAAUGACCGAGCCGACAUGGUAGAGACUCAGAAGACCUUCACACUACUGGGUUUCAAGGAGGAUUUUCAGAUGGAUGUUUUUAAGGUCCUGGCAGCCAUCCUACAUCUGGGCAACGUGCAGAUCACAGCGGUGGGCACAGAGAAGUCCUCCAUCAGCGAGGAUGACAGUCACCUGAAGGUAUUCUGUGAGCUUCUGGGCCUGGAGAGUAGCAAAGUCGCUCAGUGGCUGUGCAAUCGCAAAAUCAUCACAAGCUCUGAGACAGUGGUGAAGCCCAUGACCAGGCCCCAGGCUGUGAACGCCAGGGAUGCGCUGGCCAAAAAGAUCUAUGCCCACCUGUUCGACUUCAUCGUGGAGAGAAUUAACCAAGCGUUGCAGUUUUCAGGCAAGCAGCACACUUUUAUUGGUGUUUUGGACAUUUAUGGUUUUGAAACCUUUGACGUGAACAGCUUUGAACAGUUUUGCAUCAAUUAUGCUAAUGAAAAACUGCAACAACAGUUUAACCUGCAUGUCUUUAAACUUGAACAAGAAGAAUAUAUGAAGGAAGAUAUCCCCUGGACUCUGAUAGAUUUUUAUGAUAAUCAACCAGUUAUUGACCUGAUUGAAGCAAAAAUGGGCAUUUUGGAGUUACUGGAUGAAGAAUGCUUGCUGCCACAUGGAACUGAUGAAAACUGGCUGCAAAAGCUGUAUAAUAAUUUUGUCAACAAGAAUGCCUUGUUUGAAAAACCUAGAAUGUCAAAUACGUCCUUUAUCAUCCAGCACUUUGCUGAUAAGGUAGAGUACAAAUGUGAAGGCUUCCUUGAGAAGAACAGAGACACUGUCUAUGACAUUCUGGUUGAAAUCCUGAGAGCAAGCAAGUUUCAUCUCUGCGCCAAAUUUUUUCAAGAAAAUCCAGUGCCGCCUUCUCCUUUCAGUGCAAUGAUCACAGUUAAAUCUGCAAAGCAAGUUAUCAAGCCAAAUAGCAAGCAUUUCCGGACCACAGUGGGAAGCAAGUUCCGCAGCUCUCUGUACUUGCUCAUGGAGACCCUCAAUGCGACGACUCCCCACUACGUCCGAUGCAUCAAGCCAAACGAUGAGAAGCUGCCCUUUGAGUUCAACGCCAAAAGAAUCGUUCAGCAGCUGCGAGCCUGCGGUGUUUUAGAGACGAUUCGCAUUAGUGCACAGAGCUACCCUUCCAGGUGGACAUACAUCGAGUUCUAUAGUCGCUACGGCAUCCUCAUGACCCAACAGGAGCUCUCCCUCAGCGACAAAAAGGAGAUAUGCAAGGUGGUUUUGCACAGGCUCAUCCAGGACUCUAAUCAGUACCAGUUUGGUAAAACCAAAAUUUUCUUCAGAGCAGGACAAGUGGCUUAUUUAGAGAAACUUCGAUUGGAUAAACUGAGGCAGAGUUGUAUUGUGAUACAAAAGCACAUUCGUGGCUGGCUCCAGAGGAGAAAAUUCCUCCGAGAGAGACAAGCUGCCCUGAUAAUCCAGCAGUACUUUCGGGGGCAGCAAACUGUGAGGAAAGCUAUUACUGCCACGGCCUUAAAAGAAGCGUGGGCUGCCAUCGUCAUCCAGAAGCACUGUCGUGGGUACCUUGUCCGCAGCCUGUACCAGCUGAUUCGCGUGGCCACUGUCACCAUCCAGGCCUACACCCGUGGGUUCCUGGCACGGAGAGGGUAUCGAAAGAUGCUGAAGGAACACAAGGCUGUGAUCCUUCAGAAAUAUGCCCGGGCCUGGCUGGCCAGACGCAGAUUUCAGAGCAUCCGACGAUUUGUGCUCAACAUUCAGCUUACGUACAGAGUCCAGCGUUUGCAGAAAAAGCUGGAAGAUCAGAACAAAGAGAACCAUGGGCUGGUGGAGAAGCUGACCAGCGUGGCUGCCCUUCGAGCCAGCGAUAUGGAGAAGAUUCAGAAGCUAGAAACAGAGCUGGAAAGAGCAGCGGCCCACAGGCAGAAUUACGAGGAGAGGGGGAGGAGAUACAGGGACGCUGCGGAAGAGAAAUUGGCAAAGCUUCAGAAGCAUAAUUCAGAGCUGGAAACACAGAAAGAGCAAAUACAAUUGAAGCUUCAAGAGAAGACUGAAGAGUUGAAAGAGAAAAUGGACCACCUCACCAAGCAGCUCUUUGACGAUGUGCAAAGAGAAGAACAGCAAAGAACACGCCUUGAAAAGAGUUUUGAACUGAAAACACAAGACUAUGAGAAGCAGAUCCAGUCUUUGAAAGAAGAAAUUAAAGCUCUCAAGGAUGAGAAAAUGCAACUCCAGCGUCAGGUGGACGAGGAACACAUCACCUCUGCCAGCCUGAAGGGGGAGGUGGCCCGGCUGAGCCAGCAGGCCAAGACAAUCUCAGAGUUUGAAAAGGAGAUAGAGCUACUUCAGGAACAGAAGAUAGACGUGGAAAAACAUGUGCAGUCACAAAAACGGGAAAUGAGAGAAAAGAUGUCCGAGAUCACCAGACAACUUCUGGAAAGCUAUGAUAUUGAAGAUGUCAGAAGCAGGCUCUCUGUGGAAGAUUUGGAGCAUCUCAAUGAGGACGGAGAACUCUGGUUUGCUUAUGAAGGACUAAAGAAAGCGACACGGGUUUUAGAGAGCCAUUUCCAGUCUCAGAAGGAUUGCUAUGAAAAGGAGAUUGAAGCUCUGAACUUCAAAGUGGUGCAUCUGAGUCAAGAAAUCAACCACCUGCAGAAACUAUUUAGAGAAGAGAAUGACAUCAAUGAAAAUAUCCGUCACGAAGUCACCAGGCUGACCUCAGAGAACAUGAUGAUCCCAGACUUUAAACAGCAAAUAUCAGAGCUGGAGAAGCAGAAGCAAGAUCUGGAAAUUCGCCUGAAUGAACAAACUGAGAGAAUGAAAGGAAAACUAGAAGAGUUGUCUAACCAGUUAAAUCUUCAUCGAGAAGAGGAAGGAAUGCAAAGAAAGGCCAUAGAAGCCCAAAGUGAAAUACAUACCAAAGAGAAAGAGAAGCUGAUGGAUAAGAUUCAAGAAAUACAGGAGGCCAGUGAGCACCUGAAGAAACAAGUUGAAACUGAAAAUGAAGUCAAGAGUGACUUCCAGCAAGAAGCAUCUCGUCUCACUUUGGAAAACAGGGAUCUUGAAGAAGAGUUAGACAUGAAGGAUAGAGUAAUUAAAAAGCUACAAGAUCAAGUCAGGACUUUAACCAGGACAAUUGAAAAAGCCAAUGAUGUGCACUUGUCAUCAGGACCCAAGGAGUACCUUGGAAUGCUGGAAUAUAAGAGAGAAGAUGAGGCCAAGCUCAUCCAGAACCUCAUUCUCGACCUGAAGCCCCGCGGUGUGGUGGUGAACAUGAUCCCCGGGCUCCCGGCUCACAUCCUGUUCAUGUGUGUACGCUACGCAGACUCCCUGAAUGACGCCAACAUGCUGAAGUCCCUCAUGAACAGCACCAUUAAUGGCAUCAAGCAGGUGGUUAAGGAACAUUUAGAAGACUUUGAGAUGCUGUCCUUUUGGCUUUCCAAUACCUGCCAUUUCCUCAACUGCCUGAAGCAGUACAGCGGAGAAGAGGAAUUCAUGAAGCAUAAUAGUCCACAUCAGAAUAAGAAUUGCUUGAACAAUUUUGACCUUUCGGAAUACAGACAGAUUCUCAGUGAUGUGGCUAUACGAAUAUAUCAUCAGUUCAUUAUCAUAAUGGAAAAUAACAUCCAACCAAUAAUAGUGCCGGGCAUGCUGGAGUCCGAGAGUCUGCAGGGCAUUUCGGGGCUGAAGCCCACGGGCUUCCGCAAGCGGUCCUCCAGCAUAGACGACACGGACGCCGCCUACACGAUGACCUCCGUGCUGCAGCAGCUGAGCUACUUCUACUGCACCAUGUGCCAGAACGGCCUGGACCCCGAGCUCGUGCGGCAGGCGGUGAAGCAGCUCUUCUUCCUGAUCGGGGCGGUCACGCUCAACAGCCUCUUCCUGCGCAAGGACAUGUGCUCCUGCAGAAAAGGGAUGCAGAUCAGGUGCAACAUCAGCUACUUAGAAGAAUGGCUUAAAGAUAAGAAUUUGCAAAACAGCUUAGCCAAGGAAACUUUGGAACCCCUCUCUCAGGCAGCCUGGUUGCUUCAGGUCAAGAAGACCACAGACAGUGAUGCCAAGGAGAUCUACGAACGUUGUACCUCACUGUCCGCUGUGCAGAUCAUAAAGAUCCUUAAUUCAUAUACACCCAUAGAUGACUUCGAGAAAAGAGUGACUCCAGCCUUUGUUCGCAAAGUACAGGCUCUCCUAAAUAGCCGGGAGGACUCCUCACAGCUGAUGCUGGAUACCAAAUACCUCUUUCAAGUCACGUUUCCUUUUACCCCCUCUCCGCAUGCCCUGGAAAUGAUCCAGAUCCCCAGCAGCUUCAAACUAGGCUUUCUCAAUAGGUUAUAGCAGGAAAAAGGUCCAUGCACCUUCCCCUCCAAAGCUAAGUGAAGGUCAAAAUGGGGGAUGUAGUUUGUUAAUUACAACUGGAAUGCUUUGGAGUGUGAUGUCAGGAAGAAAAUAGAGCUUUCCCAAUGGGCUACAUCAUCUCUCAUUCAUGGGGACAGAGCUGCUGCCCUAGUUUUGCAAGAAUUAACACACACACCAGCCGUGGUUGGAAAGGCCACGUCUUGCUUUGGAAUCUCGGCUGCUUUUAUUGGAAUACCUGGAAGGCUUCUGUCUCCUUCCAGGUGUCUCUUCUGUCUUGUGACAGGGCUCUACAAGGAGAGAGUGAGAAACGGGGACAUAAUGGCUCCCAGAUUCACAAGAAGCCCAGGUCCAUUUAUGAAGCCACAAGUGGGUUCCAGGGCUGAGUCUUCCAGGACAUAACCUCAUUUGGCUACCAGACCCUGCCAGAAAAAUACUUCUUGUCCCCUGCCCGCUGUGGGAGUGCGAUUCGUUAACUCUUUUCAUGGAAAAUGCCCCUGCAUAAAAAUUGUUUCUUUUAGAUCCCUCUAACUUUU